CGGAGACAUUUCUAAAAGUUCGAUGAGCUAGCUCUGAAGAUUGUUGAAUAAGAAUCGAGCCGGAUUUCAAAUUUAUAGAGAAAUCGUAUGACUUCUCCAAACAAGAUUCUAUUACGAGCUGUAGAUAGAUUAAUUAAAAUUUGAAUUGAAACAUUUGAUCCCAGACGCGCCGUCUGCUAAUGACAGUGAUUUAAAAAUGGCGCUCGUCAACAUCGAAGACAGUGAUACUUGGCUUACGGAACAUGAGUCGUGCGAGAAGUUAUUCCGUGAGAUCAUGGAGCAGCUGACGUUACGAAAUAGAGAAUCAAAAACAUCGCAAAACUAUGCAUCUUUAUCUGCACAUAUUCGACUACGCAUGAAGCAGUAUAGCGGAGAAGUUGAACAACUGAAAGAUAAACUCAACGAGGACGCAAGCUUGCGAACGAUAACUGCAGAAGAAGCUGAGCGAAGAUCACGUCAAAUAGAACAAUUACAGAGCAAAGAGGUACAGCUACAGCAAACUUAUAAUAGCAGAGGCAACAGCACCGCUGCCAAUCGAGCGAGACUUUUACAGCCAAAUACCUCGGCAUUUGCAGAUAUGGGAACAACAAGCUGGGGCAUAGAUGACGACGACGACGACGAUCAACCGAUCGACAUUCAGGUCUCUAUUGAAGAUUUGAAAGCUCAAAAGCUUCGUCUUUUGCAGGAACAAGAUGAGGGUUUAGAAGCAUUGUCUAAGGUGAUUUCACGUCAGAAGGAGAUCGCCAUUAGCAUCAAUAACGAGGUUGAUCAUCAAAAUGAUAUAAUUGACGACCUGGCCGAUCAUAUGGAGAGAACUGACCAACGGUUGAUUUCCGAAACACGGCAGGUUGGUUUGAUAGGCAGAAAAGACCGAACUUGCGGUUACUGGGUAGUUAUCUUGAUACUUUUUCUAACCAUCGUAAUUAUUCCUUUCGUUUAAAAAUACGUACACUUGCAUACCCUUGUCAAUAACUAAUCGAUAAGCAAUGCCAGCAUAUUCAAAAAAUGAUUAUACCGAUCGAGCCACAUUCAAUUGAUUUCUGGUUCGUACAGAAAUGCCAACAAUUAUUUACGAGAUAGACUAGCAUACUCCGAUGACUGGAUCGGUAACAAAGCCCUAUUUGUAUUAAUUUUGCGACCAGCUAGAAAUUCCUUUUCCAUUUCUGCUUCUCGCGAUCGCUUUAUUCUUUGUAAAUAAACGGUCUUGGCUGUGAUCGUAGAUCAUAUUUGUUCCAAACGCAAAGACAAACGUACCAAGACCAUUGAAGGGA